CAUCGAAGUUAGGAAAAGAAGAGAUACGCUGAUGUAAUAGUAUCAUCAUCUCAGACAGUCAGUGAGACAGUCAAGACUCGGCUGCCUAUGUCCGCCUCUGCUCUCCUAUCCAUCACCCCGGCGGCUAGGCCGCACCUGUGAUUGUAUAUAAACAGCUUCAGAGCGGUCAAAUUGCACUGCAGGUUGAGACCUUCAGAGGAAGAGAUGACGAGAGGAGCGAGCCUUCUACUCUUCCUCGUUCUCUCUUCCUUCUCCACUCUCUCUGUCUCCAGCAAGCAAGACCAGGUCUACGUAGUGUACUUGGGCAAGCACGACGGAGCAAAGACGACGGAAGCAAUCCAGGGGGAUCAUCACGCGCUCCUCCUCUCCGUCAAGGACAGUGAGGAGGAGGCACGGGCGUCGCUGCUGUACAGCUACAAGCACAGCCUGAAUGGUUUCGCGGCUGUUCUCUCCGAGGAAGAGGCCACGAAACUGUCAGGGAGGAGCGAGGUGGUGUCUGCCUUCCCGAGCGAGAGGAGGUGGGCGCCGCACACCACGAGGUCUUGGGAGUUUCUGGGCUUCGAGGAAGGGCUGAGGAGCCCCGAUGGUGGCGGCGACUGGCUGCCUUCGGGCGCCGAUGCCAGCAGGGAUGUCAUCGUCGGCGUCCUCGACUCCGGGAUUUGGCCGGAGUCGAGGAGCUUCAGCGACGAAGGGCUAGGGCCGGUGCCGGCACGGUGGAAGGGAGUGUGCCAAGGAGGAGAUUCCUUCAGUUCCUCGACCUGCAAUAGGAAGAUCAUAGGGGCACGAUACUACGUCAAGGCCUACGAGGCGUCCUACAAGGGCCUCAACACCACGUACGCGUUCCGCUCGCCGCGCGACCACGACGGGCACGGCACCCACACUGCGUCCACCGUCGCGGGCCGCACCGUGCCUGGCGUGUCCGCGCUCGGCGGGUUCGCGGCGGGGGCAGCCUCGGGCGGAGCGCCGCUUGCCCGCCUGGCUAUCUACAAGGUGUGCUGGCCCAUCCCGGGGCCCAACCCCAACAUCGAGAACACCUGCUUCGAGGCCGACAUGCUGGCCGCCAUGGACGACGCGGUCGACGACGGCGUCGACGUGAUGAGCGUCUCCAUCGGGUCGAGAGGGAACCCGCUGCGGUACGUGGACGACGGCAUCGCCAUUGGAGCGCUGCACGCCGCGAGGCGCGGUGUGGUGGUCGUGUGCAGCGGCGGGAACUCGGGGCCCAAGCCGGCCACCGUGUCGAACCUCGCGCCGUGGAUGCUCACGGUCGGCGCGAGCAGCAUCGACCGCGCUUUCGACUCCUCGAUCAAGCUUGGCAGUGGCAUGGAGAUCAUGGGUCAAACUGUAACACCAUACCAGCUGCCCGGCAACAACAAGCCGUAUCCUUUGGUUUACGCAGCAGACGCCGUUGUUCAUGGGACUCCCGCUAACGUUUCCAACCAAUGCCUGCCGAAUUCCUUGUCGACGGAGAAGGUGCGAGGCAAGAUCGUCGUGUGCAUGAGGGGCAGCGGCCUGAGGGUGGAAAAGGGCCUGGAGGUGAAGCGCGCGGGCGGCGCGGCCAUUCUGCUCGGCAACCCACCGGCGCUCGGCAGCGAGGUCCCCGUCGACGCGCACGUCCUCCCGGGCACUGCGGUCUCCGCGGCCGACGCCAGCUCCAUCCUCAGAUACAUCAAUUCCAGCUCGUGCCCUACCGCGACGCUGGACCGGUCCAGGACCGUUGUGGACGUCAGACCCUCGCCGGUGAUGACGCAGUUCUCGUCGCGUGGCCCUAACGUCCUCGAGCCAAGCAUUCUCAAGCCGGACGUUACGGCGCCAGGGCUGAACAUCCUGGCGGCGUGGAGCGAAGUGUCGUCACCGACGAAGCUCGACGGCGACAACCGCGUGGUGAAGUACAACAUCGCCUCCGGGACGUCCAUGUCGUGCCCGCACGUCUCCGCCACCGCCGUCCUCCUCAAGACCGCCCACCCCGACUGGAGCUCCGCCGCAAUCCGAUCGGCCAUCAUGACCACCGCAACAAUCACCAACGCGGAAGGCGGCCCGAUAAUGAACGGGGACGGCUCGGUCGCAGGGCCCAUGGACUACGGCUCGGGCCACAUCAGGCCCAAGCACGCGCUGGAUCCGGGCCUCGUGUACGACGUCUCGUACCAGGACUACCUCCUGUUCGCGUGCGCGAGCGCCGGCGCGCAGCUCGACAGCUCGGUCCCGUGCCCGGCUCGCCCGCCGCCGCCGUACCAGCUGAACCACCCCUCGGUGGCCGUCCACGGCCUCAACGGCUCGGUCACCGUGCACCGGACGGUCACCAACGUCGGCUCGGUCGAGGCACACUACACCGUCGCCGUGGUCGAGCCCACGGGCGUCUCAGUGAAGAUCUCCCCGAAAAGACUCAGUUUUGCUCGAACCGGCGAGAAGAAGUCGUUCAAUAUAAAGAUCCAAGCGAAGGGGAGGAGAAGUGGGCGCGUGAUGAGCGGGCAGCAUUUGGCGGGAUCGUAUGCGUGGAGCGAUGGUGUCCAUGUCGUGAGGAGCCCCAUUGUUGUUCUUGUCGCGUGAUCGUUCUUACGUACGCUUAGCUAGUGCCGAAAGUUGAACGACAGGUGAUCUUCUGCGUUGCUAGGGAUACCUCGUUUGAAAGAAGUGAAAGGCAAUAAACUCUCUCAGCUAUGUUUGGAAGCAAAA